AGGAGUCUCAUGAAGAAUUUUCAGUUUCAUCACUCGAUCUUGGCCUUAUCCUAAAACUGCACUGUUCCAAUGUAAACUGCAGAGUCUUUCUAGAUUUGGGUGGGUCGGUCACAUUGCAUGCCCAUUCCACACGGCAAAAAGAGAAGUCAAAGCCAAGCAGAGUAUGAUGAUUAUCUUAUCUCCUAUACAAAAUUCCUGAUUAAGAGACUAGUGUUGAAACAGUAAAAACUUCAGGCUAAACAAUUUAUUAUUUUCGUCGGUCGUCCAUAAUUUUGAAUAAGUGCAUUGUGAAUAUAUCAAAUCUUAUGAAGCUGCCUGUAUAAUAAAGGCGUUUUACUUUCUCUUCCAUGUUCUAAAAGAGUUAGAGACGGAUUAACUCGAUCGCUACAUACGUGGCUCCUAACGAUUGGACAGCAAACACGUUGAUCCUUCCAAUGUCUCAUAAACGAACUCUAUAUAAACAACAAAGAUCAAGGACAUUUUACAUCUGCAAUUAAAGCCAGUUAAUUAGCUAGUGUUGUUAAAAUUAAGCAUCAUGGCUCGUUCUCUCUUGUCUUUCAUCCUUGCCUCCCUCCUAGCCCUAUCUACUCUGCAUGGAACCCAUGCAGUCGAGUUCGUCGUCUUUAACAGGGCUCUCAACACCUCUGGCGGAGUCCGCUUCAGAGACCAGCUAGGGAGGAACUACACCCAGCAAAGGAUGAGCGCUGCCACAAAUUUUAUCUGGAACCUCUUUGAAGAAACUACAGCUGCGGAGAGAAAGAACGUGCCACGAGUAAGCUUGUUCGUGGAUGACAUGGAUGGCAUCGCGUAUGCCAUCAACGAUGAGAUUCACGUCGGGGCUAAAUACAUACAGGGUAUAAAAGGCGACAUCAAAACGGACUUCAAUGGGGUGUUAUUCCACGAGAUGACACACGUGUGGCAGUGGAACGGUAAGGGUCAAGCUCCCGGCGGAUUAAUAGAAGGAAUUGCAGAUUUUGUGAGGUUGAAGGCCGACUAUGUUCCUAAUGGGUGGGUGAAACCGGGCGGGGGUCAGCGUUGGGAUGAGGGGUAUUCGGUUACUGCACGAUUCCUAGACUACUGCAAUGGCCUCAAGCAAGGGUUUGUGGCAGAACUUAACAAGAAGAUGAGAGACGGUUAUAGUGACAAUUUCUUUAGCCAAUUGCUUGGGAAGACAGUUGAUCAGCUGUGGAAAGACUACAAAGCUAAAUUCGGGAACUAACUAAGCAUGUGCAAUAAUUCUGCUUAUAGCUAAAAGUCUAGAUUACGUACUAAAGUUGUAGUGAAGUAAGUUAUAUGUAUAAUCCAAAUAAGUGGGACUAGGAUGACAAUGACGCCAAAAAUCACAUUGUUUUGGAUCAAUUUCACAUACAUA